GAAGAAGGUGAAGCAUGAGGCGCGCGCUCAGCCUUCCGCCGUGUCCGCCGUGUCCGCGCGCACGCUAACGGCGACUCGGGAGCUCGUGCUGUGUUCUCUCUGAACAGGAACUUCCCCCUGUCUAUCUCCCCCUCUCUCCCUCUCUCUCUCUCUCUCACACACACACACACACACACACACUCUCCUUUCAGGAGAGGAGAUGAUGGACAGUAGGAUGCUCGAGCACCCGCGCGCGCAGUACGGGAUGGCGGGUGUCGGUUUCCCGUACCACCUCAGCCACCACCACCGCCAUGUCUACGACAUCACCGGACACCAGAUGCAGACUGUUGCUCCCUUUUCCAUAGACGGAUUAUUAAACGGCUCCUGCUCGGCCUCCGUAGUCAGCUCGAGCCCUCUGCUCGCGACCGGUUGUGCCGUUAAUGCGGACAAUCACUCGUACAAACUCACCGACUCUGGAGAUCUGGAUAAAGAGAGUCCCGGCUGUAAACGGAGACGGACCCGGACAAACUUCACCGGCUGGCAGCUCGAGGAGCUCGAAAAGGCGUUUAACGAGAGCCAUUAUCCGGACGUGUUCAUGCGCGAGGCGCUCGCGCUCCGCCUGGACCUGGUCGAGUCACGUGUGCAGGUCUGGUUUCAAAAUCGGAGAGCCAAAUGGAGGAAGAAGGAGAACACGAAGAAAGGUCCCGGUAGACCGGCGCACAACUCUCACCCCACCACGUGCAGCGGCGAGCCCAUGGACCCGGAAGAGAUCGCACGGCGCGAGCUACAGCGCCUCGAGAAGAAGAAACGCAAACAAGAGCGGAAGCUGCUGAAAUCCCAGAACAGGUUCCUGUCGUCUGAGCUGCUCCACACGCCCGGCUCGGACAGCGACGUGUCUCAGAGCACCGACAACGAAUCUGCACAACGCAGCGUCCCUACGUCCAGCGCGCAUGCGCAUGCGCAUGCGCACGAGCACCGACCCGACCCGGACCCCGACCCCGACCCGCACGCCCGGAACCUGGCCCUGUGUCCCAGUGCUGAUUUCACACGACCUUCCUCCUUACACAAGCUCAACCCUUUCAGCGUGGAGAGCCUGCUCGCUGACUCCAGUCCCAAACGGAAGCCGGCGCCAUUUUCUUCCGAUUUUCCUCAAACACCUGUCGUCGGGAAAGGUCACUUCCUGUUGUACCCCAUCACGCAGCCGUUGGGUUUUAUUGUUCCGCAGAAAAACACUGACUCCACACACACGCUGCCUGCAGACAACACACACUGCACCGAGGCUAAAAGACCAAAAAGUGACCGGCUUUCACCUGGAGCACACCGCACACACACCACACAGCGCGCGCACGAGGAAAAGCACGCAGAUAUAAAAAGUGAAGGAGUGAAAGAGUGAGACGCGCUCUGAGCACGCGCGCAUUUUCAAUUUGGAACAUUUUUAUAACCGACCAGACGCUUUGAACUUUUUUUUUUUUUUAAUAUUAAAAUAAAAUCCUCAACACGGAUAUUCUUCAUUCAUUCAGAUGGAUUAUUAUUAUUAUUAUUAUUAUUAUUAUUAUUAUUAUUAUUAUUAUUAUUAUUUUGGUUUUGUUAUUAGCAUUGGGUAAAAUAUUAGCUACAGGCCUUUCCAGAACAACAUGGGAUCCUCAGAAAUGAUAAAUUAUCAAAUAUAUUUAUAUAUGUAACAUUUUUCAUAAAUAAUAAAAAAC